AUUCCAUUUCUCCUUGGCUUCUCCGGACAGCUCCGUGGUGUAGAAAGUCUCUGCAGUCACGUGGUCCGGGACAGCGAGCGAGAGAGCGAGCGAGCAGGCAGGCGAACGCGUGGGGGGUGUCCCUCCUCCGCAGUUUGCAGUUUGUUAUGUCUCAGACACCGUGAGCGCCGGAUGGAGCGAGAGCUGGAGCUACGCGCCGGAUUCACUACCUGGCUGUAAACCGCCAAGGAUUUUCCCCGCCUUUCCCUUUUCUUUUCCAUCUUUUACUUUUGACUACUUUAUUUUCCCCCUGAAAGCCGCCGUCUGUUGUGUAAAUCGUCGUUUUUUUUGGUUUGGUUUUGCGAUGUUAUCAUGCUGCCGUAGCCGUUAAUUGAAAGCUUUUUAUGUCAAUAUUUCACUGUGACUAAUUGGAUUUUCCAACGAUUGAAGGCGUGGAUGAGGUGCUUUAGUAAAAACCGGAGAUGGAAUUGCUGUUGAUCUCCAUUUCCCUUUGGAUUUUGCAAUGCAAUUUAGUGCGAGCGGACUCCAUCAUUCACAUCGGUGCCAUUUUCGAAGAAAACGCGUUGAGGGACGACGAGAUUUUCCAAUUGGCCAUUUCAGACCUCAGUCUCAAUGACGACAUUUUACAGAGCGAGAAAAUCACCCACUCCAUAAAACUUAUUGAGCCAAACAACCCAUUUCAAGCAGUACAAGAAGCAUGUGAGCUAAUGACGCAGGGCAUCCUGGCGCUGGUCAGCUCGACAGGCUGCGCGUCGGCCAGCGCGCUGCAGUCCCUGACGGACGCCAUGCACAUCCCGCACCUGUUCGUCCAGCGCAACAACGAUGGGUCGCCGCGCACCGCCUGCCAGUUCAACCCCAGCCCCGACGGCGAGCGCUACACGCUGGCGGCGCGGCCGCCCGUCAGGCUCAAUGACGUCGUGCUCCGCCUGGUCACCGAGCUGCGCUGGAACAAGUUCAUCGUGUUCUACGACAGCGAGUAUGACAUACGCGGCCUGCAGGGCUUCCUGGACCAGGCGUCGCGGCAGGGCCUGGACGUGUCGCUGCAGAGGGUGGACCGCAACAUCAGCCGCGUGUUCGCCAGCCUCUUCAGCACCAUGCGCACGGAGGAGCUGAACCGCUACCGGGACACGCUGCGCCGGGCCGUCCUGCUGCUCAGCCCCCGCGGGGCCCAGGCCUUCAUCCACCAGGCAGUUGAAACCAAUCUGGCCUCCAAGGACAGCCACUGGGUGUUUGUAAAUGAGGAGAUCAGCGACGCAGAGAUCCUGGAGCUGGCCCACAGUGCUCUGGGGCGGAUGACGGUCAUUCGGCAGAUCUUCCCCUUGUGGAGGGACAGCAAUGUGCGCUGCAUGAGGAACAACCACCGCAUCUCCUCCUUACUCUGUGACCCUCAGGAGGGCUACCUGCAGUCCCUGGAGGUAUCCAACCUGUACCUGUACGACAGCGUGCUGAUGCUGGCCAACGCCUUCUACAGGAAGCUGGAGGACAGGAAGUGGCACAGCAUGGCCAGUCUGAACUGCAUGAGGAAGUCCACCAAGCCUUGGAAUGGGGGGUGGUCCAUGCUGGACACCAUCCAGAAGGGUCGGAUCACCGGGCUGACCGGGAUGAUGGAUUUCCGUGACGACGGCGCCAAUCCUCACGUGCAGUUUGAGAUCCUGGGGACCAGUUUCAGUGAGACUUUUGGAAAGGAUGUCAAGCGGCUGGCCACAUGGGACUCCAGUAGAGGCCUGAAUGGGAGCCUGCAGGAGAGCCGAAUAGAGAACGGGAUGCAGGGAGUCACCAUCAGGGUGGUGACUUUACUGGAGGAACCAUUCGUCAUGGUUGCAGAGAACAUUCUUGGACAACCCAAGCGCUACAAGGGCUUCUCAAUCGAUGUCCUCGACGCGCUGGCAAAGGUUCUGGGGUUCAAGUAUGAGAUCUACCAGGUUCCAGACAACAAGUACGGCAUUCAGCUGCCCAACGGCUCCUGGAACGGCAUGAUCGGGGAGCUCAUCAGCAAGAGGGCAGACCUAGCCGUGUCUGCCAUCACCAUCACGCCGGAGAGGGAGAGCGUGGUGGACUUCAGCAAGCGCUACAUGGACUACUCCGUGGGCAUCCUGCUGCACAAGCCGGAGGAGAAGAUCAACAUCUUCUCGCUGUUCGCGCCCUUCGACCUGGCGGUGUGGGCCUGCAUUGCGGCCGCCAUCCCCGUGGUGGGGGUCAUGAUCUUCGUGCUGAAGCGAAUGCAGGCUCUGCGCGGCCAGAACCCCCCCGGCCCCCACCAGCACCCGUCCUCCAUCUCCACCUCCCUGCACAGCGCCAUCUGGAUCGUCUACGGGGCCUUCAUGCAGCAAGGUGGGGAUUCGGUGGUGAGCUCCAUGGCUCUGCGGAUAGUGAUGGGCAGCUGGUGGCUCUUCACGCUGAUCGUCUGCUCCUCCUACACGGCGAACCUGGCGGCCUACCUUACCGUGUCCCGCAUGGACAGUGCCGUACGGACCUUCCAGGACCUGUCCAAACAGAUAGACCUGGGCUAUGGCACAGUGAGGGACUCCGCAGUCUACGAAUACUUCAGAGCCAAAGGCACCAACCCCCUGGAGCAGGAUAGCACCUUCGCAGAGCUCUGGAGGACCAUCAGCAAGAACAACGGUCACGAGUACUCUGUGUCCAGCCCCUCGGAGGGAAUCCGCAGGGCUAAAAAGGGGCCCUACGCCUUCCUGUGGGACAGGGCGGUGGUGGAGUACGCGGCCUUGACGGACGACGACUGCACGUUCGCGGUGACGGGGAACAGUAUGAGCAGCAAGGGCUACGGCAUGGCACUGCAACAUGGCAGCCCCUACAGAGACCUCUUCUCUCAGAAGAUUCUGGAGCUCCAGGACAAAGGGGACCUGGACGUGCUGAAGCAGAAGUGGUGGCCGAGGACGGGGCGCUGUCACCUGGACAGCCAGAGCAGCACGCAGCCGGAGGGGAGGGCCCUGAAGCUGCACAGCUUCGUGGGGGUGUUCUGCAUCCUGGCGGGGGGGCUGCUGCUGGCCUGCCUGGUGGCCGGCCUGGAGAUGUGGUGGAACAGCAACCGCUGCCGGCAAGAGCAGCCCAAAGAGGUUACUAAGGAUUACAGACUGGCAAGGGUUUCUGGUCCUUUGACAUAUAAUGAUAUUACAACAGCUUCAUCGGAAGGGAGGAAGGACAUUUGGACAGAGAGAGAGAGGGGCUGGCUUGAAGCUGAGGCCAUUGACACAGGACAAGGAGGUGAACCUGGAGCAGGUGCACAGGCGUAUGAACAGCCUUAUGGACGAGGACAUGGAGCACAAGCAGAUCCCCGCCCCGUCUAUGGAGAUCUCUGCGCUGGACAUCGGCAGCAUGCAGUCCAGCCAGGCCCGGGAGCCUGUGCGGGAGUACCCCGGCACAGGCCUGGCUGUGAGCACCUUCCUGGUGGAACAGGGUCGUGGGGCCGGCAGAACGCUGCCCAAGGCCUCUGGAAGGAGCCUUCCCCUUCCCCUCAGCAGCUCCACCAUGCCCUCCAUCCAGUGCAAACACAGGUCCCCCAACGGGGGUCUCUUCCGUCAGAGCCCCAUCAAGACGCCCCUGCCAAUGCCGUACCAGUCAGUGCCAGGAGGACCCAUUCCAGAAGCCAUUGAGCCUGCCCACGGUACCUCCAUCUGACCCCGCGCCCUCCCCCUCCCCCUCACCCUCACCCCCACUCUUCCCCUAAUCCAAUAUCCAAUCACAGUUGAGCUGCUGGGGACACUCCACCUAACCCCAUACAAUCAGAGACGUGUUGCUCAGGACCGAGAUCUGACCUUGUCCAAUCACAAGACCUGCUGUCCGGGACCUUGAUCUGACUCUGACCAAUCACAGCUAAGCUGACCUGCCUUUAUGUGGGCAAAAGAAAGAACAUAGAAGGAAUGUCAAAAGAAUGGGAAAAAACUUCUGAUUUUUAAUACCAGUUCAAUAUAACAAGGAAAACAGACUUAUUGUAUAUAUUUGUAAAUAGGGGAAAAUAAGUGCAGUAAAAGUGUAUUUUGAAUAUUCUCAAUUUUUGAAGUUGAGUUAAAAAAGAGACAAACUACUAAAAAGACUGUUUGAAUGGCUUUGUAAAUUUUGUUCUAUAUGAAUAAAGAUGAGAAAUCCUUGUGA